AUGACCAUGGCGAGCAACAAAGAGUCUGUAGUUAGAAGCGCACCUGCAACAAUGGGAUAUACCGCGUCGUCUGCCUUUUUUGAGGCUCUCUGGGAGGGUGGAGUCAGUCAUGUAUUCGUCAACCUGGGAUCAGAUCAUCCCUCUAUCCUAGAGGCGAUGGUCAAAGGCCAGAGAGAUAAGGAUCGUUUCCCACGAAUUAUCACUUGCCCAAAUGAGAUGGUAGCACUUUCAAUGGCUGAUGGAUAUGCUCGUCUCACUGGGGAGCCCCAAGCGGUCAUUGUACAUGUUGAUGUAGGAACCCAGGGCCUGGGAGCAGCAGUCCAUAACGCCUCAUGCGGUCGAGCUCCCGUGUUGAUUUUCGCCGGUUUAUCGCCAUAUACAAUUGAGGGAGAAGUCCGAGGUUCACGAACCGAGUACAUCCACUGGAUUCAAGACGUGCCUGAUCAGAAACAAAUUGUCGCCCAAUACUGUCGAUACUCGGGCGAAUUGAAGUCAGGCAGGAAUGUGAAGCAGAUGGUGAACCGAGCUCUGCAGUUUGCAACCAGCGACCCCAAGGGACCGGUCUAUCUAGUUGGUGCCCGAGAAGUCAUGGAGGAAGAAAUUCAGCCCUAUCAGUUGAACCAGCAAGUGUGGGGACCUGUGUCCCCGGCUGCCCUCCCAGAAUCUGGUGUCGAGCUUAUCACCUCUGAACUUGCUGCUGCCAAACGACCAUUGGUCGUGGUUGGAUACACCGGUAGAAAUACACAGGCAGUAACAGAGCUGGUGAACUUGGCAAACCACUUCAAGGGAAUCCGAGUUCUGGAUACAGGAGGCAGUGAUAUGUGUUUUCCGGCCAACCAUCCAGGUUGGUUGGGACUUCGAUACCCAGGACAUGAACUUGUCAAAACAGCUGAUUUGAUCUUGGUCGUUGACUGUGAUGUGCCCUGGGUUCCCACUCAAUUCAAGCCCUCUGAAUCAGCCAAAAUCAUUCACAUCGAUGUCGACCCACUCAAGCAACAAAUCCCAGUGUUUUAUAUCAACUCAAUGGCCACUUUCCGGGCCGACUCCUCAACCGCGCUCAAGCAAAUCAAUGACCACAUUGCUAGAAACAGGCAAAUCCAACAAUUCAUCGGCUCCGAAGAAAACAUAGUCAUGGGCCAGCGACGAGAUGAGGAGUAUUUGACUCGCCGAAAAGAGAUCGCCGAUCUAGCCGUCCUGCCAGAGGGUGGAGAUUUGGCCCCCUUGAAUGCCUCAUAUUUGAUGGCUCAAGUUCGCGAUGGGUGUCCCGCAGAUACGAUCUGGGCAAUAGAGUCCGUGACACUCACGCAUCCAAUUUCAGACCAAAUUGCCGCAACUUUGCCGAACUCAUGGAUCAACUGUGGAGGAGGUGGCUUAGGCUGGUCCGGUGGAGGUGCUCUGGGAAUCAAGCUAGCAUCAGAUGUGAAAGCUGGAGGACCGGGCAAGGGUAAAUUCGUUGUCCAAGUCGUCGGUGAUGGUACCUAUCUCUUCUGUGUUCCGGGCUCGGUUUAUUGGAUCUCCCGCCGAUACAAUAUUCCCAUUUUGACCAUCGUGUUGAAUAAUAAGGGGUGGAAUGCGCCACGACGAAGUAUGUUGUUGGUCCACCCGAAUGGUGAUGGUUCCCGUGCCACAAAUGAGGACUUGAAUAUUUCCUUUGUGCCGACACCGGACUAUGCUGGUAUUGCAAAGGCCGCUGCUGGUGGAGAGGUUUGGGCUGGUCGUGCUGCUACAGUGGCAGAAUUAGCGAAGAAGUUGCCAGAGGCUAUUCAAAGCGUGAUGAAUGGUAAGACCGCUGUGUUAGAGGCACAGAUGGAUGGGACUGCUGGGAAGUAUGUUGAGCCCUCAACUUGA